UUCAAACUUCCCGAAACUGGAUCACUGUGGAACGAAAACCUUUGUAUCUAACCGACCACUUAAAAUGGAGCGCUUCCGUGAAAUAGUCUCAAGGUUCCAAGAGACAUAUUACACGGCUUCAACGCAUCAGCCUCCAGAUGAAGUCAGAAUUUCGCAAAGACGCAGAGUGGCAGAAUUCGUGUACACCAGCAAGGCCGAUGGAAAGAUCCCCGAGCACGAAAUCAUGUCUCAUGAUCUGCAGAUUGCACGAACUGUUCCAUUCCCUCUGUCACUGAGUACUUUGUCGCCCUGUCUGGUACAUUCGUGGGGCAUCUGAAGCAAUCACCUCUCCUCAACCCAUUACCGUAAGCCCUUUGAAUCUUUGUAUUGUUUGAAUUAUAUAUUGCUUCCUGAUUAUCUUUGUGGUCGUGUGUCCUCAGGCCUUGAGGCUGCCUCUUUACAUAAGGGGCUGUUAUCAUUGUCAUUCUACUUGUUUCUUCCAGGAAAUGCUGUUCUCCUUCUGCUUCUAUUUGGCCCACCGGUAACGACAUAUUUGCGAUCAUUAAGUUCGUUGAUUGGUCUUCAAAAAUCAGACUCAAUACUUCAUUUAAGAGUCUGAGGGCAUCGCAGCCAUGGCUUGGUCCUGGAGGCUGGGUGGUUUUAUAUUUCGCGUAGGUUCUUCUUACAUUUAUCUGCGAUGCUUUGCUUCAGAAUUGCGUUAUUGCGGCUGUCCGGAUUUGCGGCGCUAUAGAAGGACGCACAUACACUAUGGAUGCCUCUUCGCCUUUGACACAGAUUCACUUCAUCAUAGUGUUAUGCGAUUACAACUUUCUCUUGGCGUUUGUGCCUCAAAUCGUGGACAAGCAAGAUACAGGCAGCCGAUACCGAAGUAAACAAAGCUACAAAACCCACAUUUCAGGCUCGAAUGGGAAAUUGGAACAUCUUGCGUCUAACGAGCUGGAAACUCGUCCAGGCCUGUCAUUCAAUGCCCUUAGCAGCAUUCGGUCCAACAUUCGAUCAGGAACUCUCUCCCCCAAGCUGCUGCCUCACUCAGGGCGUAAAGCUCUACAGCAAAAACAAUGUCGGCACCACAAACACUUCUGCAGCUACUUGCUCGUGCUGCAAAGGACGUCUCUUCACAGGGAAUAAUCGUCUACAGCCCUGAAGGUAGAGAUAGAUACACGACCGCGCUCGGGGCAUAUGAAAACUCUGGCAACAGCACCAAGAUUACAUACUAUGAGCUUCAGCAGAACACACUGCAAGAGUCUAUUGUAAUUCAGGGUCUUUUGCAGUUGAAUUCCAGCCAAAUCGUUUUGCUUCAUGUAGACUCACACUUGGAAGGCAUUCACUGGUUCUGGACAAUUGUUGCUGCUGGAGGUAUACCAUGUCUUUCAAGCCCUUUCAGUAAAGAUGACAAGCAGCGGACAAAGCACAUCAAGAUGCUGCAGGAGCUCCUUAGGAGCCCAACAGUACUCACCAGUUACAAGCUUAUCAGUGACUUCGAGGGUGUGGACAAGCAACAAGUCUGGACGUUCAAGAAGAUUGAUACGUGCCGAGACACACUUCUUGCUCACGCUGGAACCGCGCCGCCUUGUCCAACCUCCAGCGUUAAAGGAACCGAUACUGCGGUCCUUAUGUUGACAUCCGGUAGUAGUGGCAACGCCAAAGCUGUUCAGCUGAGCCAUGACCAGAUUCUGGCCUCUGUUGAAGGCAAAAGCAAGCUCCAUGGUACCUCAAAUUCGGACACUUUCUUGAAUUGGAUUGGGCUCGAUCACGUCGCUAACCUUGUUGAGAUUCAUCUGCAUGCUCUUUCCCUGGCCGCUAACCAAGUGCACCUGCCUGGAGCAGAGAUCCUGCACGAUCCCUUGCGCUUUCUGGAUAAGAUUCAUCAACAUCGAGUCUCCUAUACCUUUGCGCCGAACUUCUUCCUCGGAACAUUAGUUAAUGAACUGCUCAAGCCGAACCGAACUGCCUCCCCCAAACGGCCUGGUCUGAUGUCCGCCGCAACCAAUGAGCUUCCUCUGACAACAACGCUCAAAAAUUUGACCCUUGUAUCUAGCCGAAAAAACUGCACCAUAUUGUCUACAAGUCAAGAACAUCACCGGCCAAUCAACAAUUUGGACUUGUCAUGUCUCCGUGCAUUGAUCUCGGGCGGUGAAGCUAAUGUGGUCCAGACAUGUGCUGAUCUCACAAAAUUACUUCGGCAUUAUAAUGCACCGCAGAGCUUUAUCCGUCCAGGAACUGGUAUGACGGAAACAUGCGCUGGAUCGAUAUAUAAUGUCCUUGACUGCCCUGCCUAUGACGUAAAGCAAUCAUCCGAGUUUGCUAAUCUCGGUCAACCCAUAGCUGGGAUGUUCAUGCGGAUCGUGCGAAUGGAUGGCUCGAAAGCUCACCAAGGCGAGAUCGGAGAGCUACAAGUGUGUGGAUCUGUUCUUUUCCCAGGAUACUUCAACAACCAGGAGGAAACUCAGGAGUCAUAUACCACGGAUGGAUGGUUUAGAACUGGUGACAAAGGAACUCUUGACACCAAUGGACGGUUGUGCUUGACUGCAAGAGAAAAAGAUUUAGUCAUUGUCAACGGCUUGAAUCUCCAGCCGCAAGGUAUCGAGUCAGCCAUCCAAGAGGCGAAUAUUCCUGGUGUGACUCCAACAUACACAGUCGUCUUCGGUUAUCGUCCUGUAGGCUCUCAUACAGAAGUCAUCAUGGUCGUGUACUUACCAACGUACGACGCAACGGACCUCUUAGCUAGAGGAGAAACCGCAACAGCCAUUUCAAAAGCCAUUGUGACCUACUGCGGGGCUCGCCCCUACAAGAUCAUUCCUCUUGAAGCAUUUCUCCUGCAGAAGUCUACGCUUGGCAAGCUGUCCCGUCCAAAGAUCCGAAAGGCAUUCGAAGAAGGGCAGUUUGAUGAGUUUGUCCACAUCGACAAGGAGAGCAUGGAUAGGUUCUAUGAGCAGCUUUUCAUGCCUCCAACAACAGAGAUUGAGAUUGCUCUUGUCGAGUUGUGCAAUGAGCUGUUCGGAGCAAACACUGCUCAGGUCGGUGUCAACAACAACCUUCUGACUCUGGGAGCCAGUUCGAUCGAUCUCUUGACUUUGAAGAUGCGUCUGCAGAAGCGUCUAGAUAUACCAGCAAUACCCAUCACACGCUUCUUCUCCCAUCCCACCCUCCGAGACCUCGCAUCCUCCAUCACAGAUCUCAUCCCCAAGAUUCGGGAGCGACGAUCUCAGCUAGGAGACGCAGCAGUUUACGACCCUGUCGUGCUCUUGAAUGCCAAUCCCGGAAGUAGCAAGACCCCAAUCUGGUUCGUCCACCCUGGCAUGGGCGAGAUUCUGAUCUUCAUGAACCUGGCACGCUACAUCACUGAUCGCCCCGUGUACGCUCUCCGUGCCCGCGGUUUCGACGCCUUAGACGGCGGUUUCUACACCUCCAUGACAGAGAUGAUUCAUAGCUACUUGUCUGGCAUCAAGCGUGUGCAACCUCAAGGUCCCUAUGCACUCUUCGGCUACUCAUUCGGCUCUAUCCUCACCUUCGAGAUUGCAAAGAUCCUUGAGUUCGGCGGCUCCGAGGUUAGUUUCCUCGGAACACUAGACCAGCCUCCGCGCUUCAAGGAGAGAGCUCGCACAUAUGAUUGGUAUGAGUGUGCUAUGACUGUUGCGUUCUUCUUGGGACUAAUAGGCGAGGGCUACGCGUAUGAGAAUCUUUCAGCCAUGAGAAAGCUCACUCAGGAACAGGUAUUGGAUCAUAUUUUUGACUUAGCCUCACCUGGUCGUUUGGAUGAGCUGUGCAUGACAAGAGAGAAGCUGAAUAACUGGGCCCAGUUGGCUUGGCAACUAAAGGUUAUUGCUCAUGACUAUGAUCCGGAUGGCAUAGUGAAGCAGAUGGAUGUGUUUUAUACUGGACCAUUGAUUGGCUUAGUUAAGGCUAAGACUAUAGAGGAGGGGAGACGAGACUUCAUCGGAAUGUGGGAUGAGUUUGUUGAGGGUGAAGUCGGAUACUAUGAAGUGAAGGGUAGUCAUAGAACAUUGAUUAGCCCGCCUUACUUGGUGGGUUUUUGGAAUGUCUUCAAGCUGGUGAUGGAUAAGCGAGGAUUGUAGGUGUCCUCGGUAAUGUAUCAGCGGCCGUGCAGCUGCGCUUACUGCGAUCAAGCGACAGAAGAAUGCCAC